UUUAAAUAUUAAUAUUUAAUUGCUAAAGCUUAUGCUUAUAAAGAUUUAAUACUUGACUUUAUUUUAUUAAAUCAUGCGUGAACUUCGAGUCCCAAGAUAGUAAGUCUCAUUUCCCUUCUUCGAACUUUCUCUUUGUUUCCUUUCUCCUUACCAUCUUCUCGUACCCAUUUCCUAUAAAAUAUGAUAUGCUAUUUCCACCGCUUUGUCACAUCGCAAACAUGUGGUGUAUACACUCAUAAACACCCACGCAUUAAUAUGAACAUGCAUAUCUAGCUCUCUUUCCUCUCAUAAAACAAACUAUCAACUUGAUAUCGUUCCCUUUCUUAUUUUUUCUGUCUUCUCCUCUAAGUAAUGUCUGAUCCAGCUUGUAUCUUCAGAAAUGGAUUUCUUGAUAACUAUGACUAUAGCUUCAACUAUUCCACUUCUCUCUCACACAUCUACAACUCUAAUGGCAGCUUCUACUCUAGCAAUACCACAAACAUAAACCCUAAUUCUACAUCACCUGACUCUCCUCCACUUAGAGAAGCUCUUCCUCUCCUUAGCUUAAGCCCCAUUCAUAAGCAUCAAGAAGCUAGUGUUCCUCACCAUGAAUAUUAUUUCAUGGAGACGAUUAAACAAUCUUCUAAUUCAAGCCUUUUUGAUCAUGAUCUUGGUCAGUGCCAAGAAACUCAGCAUCAUGAUGUGACAGUGGAUCUUCAUCUAGGGUUACCAAAUCUCGGUGGCGAUGCUAUUGCCUGCGGUGGUGGUGGGAGCAGCAGCAGCGACGCCAUACUUGAUUCUACAGACCAAGAGCAUCAUCAUGAUUUUCAUCAAGAUCGUCAUCAAUAUCAAGAAGUAGAAGUUACACUUGUUUCCGAUCAUGAUGGGCAUGGUGGUGUACAAAGGGGUAUUCAUCAUCAGUAUUGGAUCCCUACUCCUUCUCAGAUUCUGAUGGGUCCUACGCAGUUCUCUUGUCCUCUCUGCUUCAAGACCUUCAACAGAUACAACAACAUGCAGAUGCACAUGUGGGGACAUGGCUCACAAUACAGAAAAGGACCGGAGUCACUAAGAGGGACACAACCAACCGCGAUGCUGAGGCUAUCAUGCUACUGUUGCGCACCAGGCUGCAAGAAUAACAUAAACCACCCGAGGGCAAGGCCACUCAAGGACUUCCGUACGCUUCAGACACAUUACAAGCGGAAACAUGGUGCGAGGCCCUUUGCUUGUCGUAGAUGUGGAAAGGCUUUUGCGGUCAAAGGAGAUUGGAGGACGCACGAGAAGAACUGCGGGAAGCUUUGGUAUUGCUCAUGUGGAUCGGAUUUCAAGCAUAAGAGGUCGCUUAAGGACCAUGUUAAGGCAUUUGGUAAUGGUCAUGUCCCUUGUUUUGGCAAUGAUUGCUUCGGCUAUCAUGAGGACGAGGAGGCUGCUUCUGAUGUCGAACAUCAAGACUGAUGGUGUUUUUCUUUUUGGAUAUUUAUUUUGUGAGAAUAGUAGAAGCCUUUACUUUUCUAAAGUCUUCGUUAAUAUGUUUGUCGAACGUGUCUUAUAUCAUAUAACUAGUAUAAUUUGCUUUGGUUAUCCUGAGUUAUUUUCUACUCGUAGAUGUAACGGACUCAAUUUGCUGAAUUCCACGUGCACCGGUACUCUUGUAUAUCAAUCUCUAGAAUUUAGAAUAGAGACUGGUAAAAAUAUACCAAAAAUCAAGUAUUUUGAAAUUAGUCAAAAGCCAAAACUAUGAAAAGUAGCAUUUUUCGUGAUAUUUAUGGUAUCUUAAACUGCCAUUUGACCUGCAAAACCUUUAAGGCAUCAUUAGUCAUUCUUUUUUCUCUUACAUAUCACUGUAUCUCUCUAUGUUAAGAAGCUUUAGUUUGUUUUUUUUUUUAAUGAAUGUUAAAUUUUAUUCAUCAAAAAUGGUUUUUUACAUCAAGUGCAUCCUAAGUUUAAAUAUGUGGACUUUACUUAACUCCUACUCCUCCUUUACUACUCCUAAACUGCAAAAUAUUUACAAUCUUGUGGCAAACCAAUACUGCAAAAUGCCAUCAAAUCUCUUUCCAUCUUGUAACUUCAUCAAGCUGAGUUUGUUUCGGAUACCUUUAUGGACGAGCUUCAUCAGAGCUUGAGAGGGUAAUGGUGGUUCUCCAUGCCUGCGCCUAUUACGUUCUCUCCACAACGCGUAGACAGCGGCUUGGAAGGCAUAACGGACGCAGAACAGCUGGUAUCUCUCCCGGUUCCGAUCAACGAGCAGAAUCUCAAUAUCAGACCAUUCUGCAGUGAACAAGUUCUGCAGUAUACCUUUGACAAGAUGCGCCCAAACUUGAGCUGAGAAGGAGCACUCGAAGAAAAGGUGGUUCCUGGAUUCUGAAGAGUUCUUGCAUAGAACACAUUUUGUGUCCACGCCUUGACUCCAUAGAGAAACAAGAUCCAUAGUAGAUAGUCUACACGAUCCAUAGUUAUACUUUUAGUGAUUUUAAUUUGUAACAUUUUAACCCAUACAUCAUGAAAAGUAAGAUACACUUGUUUUCUAAAUUAUGAAUAAAAUAUCAAGAAUUCUAAAUUUUCAAGAAAUCACACAAUGUUCCGUAAAUCUCCGCCAAUAAUUUCAUAAUGUAUUAAGUCGUUUUAGGAGCAAAUUCUUUUAUUUAAAGAUAUAUCAGUUUCUAAGCAAAGCGAACGAUUUUAAUUAAACCAAAUCAAAGUGUUUGAUCUUUUUCAUAACUUUUUGUUUUUUUUGUCACUGAUCUUUUUCAUAACUUUAUAUAUGAAAGUCUUACUAAUUUUCUUUGAAACUAAAAAUCGGGUUUACCCACGUGUAGAUGCAGUUCCGGGUUAUAUCGACCGGACGUACUUCCGGGUCAACAUAAUAAACCAGGGGGAUAGACAGAGAAAGGAGAAAGAAAAUGAUGAAAGGUUAGGUAGAAAACGAAAAGCACUCAAGGGCCAGGCAAGACUGUGUGAAUUAUUUUCGUUGAAGCUUUGAGAAUCAUCAAUGCGUAUUCUGAGAUUGUUGUAGUUGUGCCAUCAGAAUUUUCGGCAAGACUGGAUUGUUUCUUCGAAAAUGAUAUUAAAAGAAACCCUGAUCUUGUGUUUAAUACAUUGCUGCUAGUUCCUAGAUAUGAAGAUUUGGUGAUGUCUUAGCUGAACAUUAAUAAUUUAGGAUACUUGGUGAAACUCUGGUUGCAUAUGGAUUCACCUCUCAUUUACACCGUUUGAAGUUCAUUAUAUACUCUGGGGCUAGGGCUUAUUCAUCCCAACUCGAUAUUAUGCAUGUACCAGCAAGUGGCAGGCAUUCAAAUUGGCAACACCCUCUGGUUUAGCUGACCCUCUAGGUGUAAUUGUCGUGGGUAAGUUGCAUUGGUUUCUUUGUUGAGGCAUGCUGGACAGAAGCAAGCUGUGAAGGCUGUUUUUUGGCAUGGCCUGUAUGUCUGCAAUGUAAAACACACAAUCUCCAAAAACAGAGGUUUUGAAAUAGCUAUUGCGUCCUUUAGUUUAUGACUUUGGUGAUAUGUUUGUCUUUUUUUGGCAGUCUUUACUUCCUGGAGCUGAGUUUGCCUGAGACAAUGAGCUUGUAAGUUUAAUUAUAUCUCAUGUGAUCAUUUGUGAUAUGCUUUUGCAAAAAUACAAUUUUCCUUCUUCUUUAUUAGACUCAUUCAAACAACCAAAGACCAAUUAUAGCUCUAGUUUAUUUUUAUCAUUUAUUAAUACCUAAACUUAGCAACAAAAAAUAGAGAAUCCUGUCUUGCUAAUCAAUGGCAAACCUUGAAACUCUAUCCUAUUCUCCUUACACAUUUUGUUAAUAAUAUAAAUACCUUCACCACCUUCACCUUCAUGCCAUCGCAUAAAGAAAAACACAAAACUAACAUCCACAGAAUAAACAAAAAAGAAAUAAUGGCAAUGAAGAAUAUCAACAACUUCUUUGUCGCCCUCUUUGUCUCGGUUGUGCUAGUGAGCUCAGCCACAGCGGCUACCAUGGAGUCUCCAGCACCAGCACCAGGUGCUUCCUCUGCCACCGUGGCUUUUCCGGUGGUUGGCUCCAUCGUUGCUGCAUCACUCUCCGCCUUCUUGGCUCUUCUCUUGCAGUAAAUAUAUAUAUAUUGAGGAGGGCCUUCUACGAGAACAAAACUCUUUUUUGUUAUGAUAGGUUCCUUAGAAUCUAUGCAAAAUAAUUUUGUCAAAUAACCCAAUUUGAUGUAUAUUCUCAUUGUAUAAGAUAUUACACUAAUACUUUUAUGAUAUGAUAAUAAUAAUAAUAA